UUCUCGGCCGCCAUCCAUUCAGUUGUCAGACGGCUGUCGACCAGAGCAGACGCGUCGUUGCCUCUUUAGUGACUUUUAUCGUCAGGAAAUUGCACCUGUGUGUGCCUGUGUUGUGUUGUGAUUAGUCGAUCAGAUUUCACGAUAUCAUCCUGGCACCUACCGUGCCGUCUGCGUUCCGUACCACGCAGCCAUACGUCCCAAAAUGAUCACACAACCAUUCAGGAGGAAAGAUAAGAAGACCUUAAACACAUUUCUGAACACGUAGGACAGUGAAAAAAAAAAAAAAAAACUAGCCAAAUUUUCGACUAAAACUUUCAAUUACAUAGUUUUAAUUUAAAUUAAUUAAUUUUUAAAUUGUUGAGUGAUAUUAGUUUAGUGCCAUUGUGAAUUAGUGAAAAAUGUCAAAAAUGUGGGGUUUGAUUGGAAUUGUGCUGGUGGUUGCUGUGGGAGCUGAUAGGUCCAACUUGCCACCGGCUUGUGAUAGUUUAAUAUACUGCCACGGACCGUUGCUGGACACUGUUCAGAUGGCAGGUCUGUACAAUGACUCUAAGACCUUCGUUGACAUGAAGAUCAAGCUGUCCCCCAAAAUCGCCAUGGAGCACUUCCGCGAAAUGAUGAACAGGACAGAUUCUCAUCCGACGAAAGCUGACAUCCAGGAGUUCGUAAACCAGAACUUCGACCCUGAAGGGUCAGAGUUCGAGGAAUGGACACCAACUGACUGGAGGGACAAUCCAGCAUUCCUCUCCAAAAUAAAAGAUCCACUACUCCAUCAGUGGGCAAAUGACCUGCACGCGCUGUGGCUGCAGCUCGGCAGGAAGAUGAAAGCCGAGGUCAAGAACAACCAGGAUCUGUACUCCAUUAUAUAUGUGGACCACCCUGUCAUUGUGCCGGGCGGCAGAUUUCGCGAGUUCUACUACUGGGAUUCCUACUGGAUCCUGAAGGGACUGCUACUGUCCGAAAUGAGGCACACAGCAAAAGGAAUGGUAUCUAACUUCCUGGAUAUUGUUGAGAGGAUCGGCUUUAUACCAAACGGAGGAAGAAUAUACUAUGCUAUGAGAUCUCAACCCCCCCUCCUGAUCCCGAUGGUGAAGCUGAUAAUGGAUGAUAUGGACGAUGUGGAGUUCCUCAGAAGUCACAUCCACACGUUGGACCGGGAGUUCGACUUCUGGAUCACCAACCAUACUGUGGAAGUGGAGCACAAUGGAAAUAAGUACAAAUUAUCGAGGUUCAUCGAUCAAUCACAAGGGCCCAGGCCAGAAAGUUACAAAGAGGACAUUGAUUGUGCAAAAAAUUUCGACUCUCGGGACAAAAAGGAGGAGCUAUAUGCGGAGCUGAAGGCGGCCGCGGAGUCCGGCUGGGAUUUCUCCUCCAGGUGGUUCAUACUCAACGGGACUAACAAAGGCAAUUUAACAAAUCUGAAGACCCGCUCUAUAGUGCCAGUAGACCUGAACGCUAUCAUGUGUUGGAAUGCUCAGCUCCUCCACGACUUUCACACGCGGCUUCAGAACGCGGACAAGGCUGCCUAUUAUAGAGAUGUUCACGCGAGAUACAUGGAAGCUAUCGACAAGGUACUAUGGCAUGAAGACGUUGGCGCUUGGUUGGACUACAGCCUAGAAUCAGGUCGACCCAGAGACUAUUUCUAUCCGAGCAACAUUGCCCCACUGUGGACCAAUUGUUACGACCAGUCGAGGAAGGAGUACUACGUUAAUAGGGUCAUCAAUUAUCUGGAUAAAGUCAAGGUGGACAUAUUCGAGGGCGGGAUCCCCACGACGUUCGAGCACUCGGGCGAGCAGUGGGACUACCCCAACGCGUGGCCGCCGCUGCAGCACAUCGUGGUCAGCGGGCUCGCGGCCACGCGGCUGCCCGCCGCCGUGCGCCUCGCCACUGAGCUCGCCACCAAGUGGGUGCGCUCCAACUUCGAGGUCUGGAAGGAGAAGACUGCCAUGUUGGAGAAGUAUGACGCUACAAUCUUCGGUGGUUUCGGAGGUGGGGGGGAGUACGUGGUGCAGACUGGCUUCGGCUGGACCAAUGGCGUCAUCAUGUCGCUUCUCAACCAAUUCGGAGAGACCAUGUCUGCAGCUGACGAGUUUGGAACUGUACCAGCUGAGUCCGGUGCCGUGUACGGGGCCCACGUAGGGGCUAGCGGGGUCGCGACCGCUAUACUUGUGGUGUUGGCUUCUUUGGCCACUGGAGCGUUAGGAGUAAUGAUGUACAUGAAACGAAAGGACUACGCCCCUUUAACUGGGGACGAGGAUGUCAAAUUACUUUCAUCCAGGAAGGCCUACACGGAGCUCCAAAGUAUGAGCGGGGAAUCGAACCCACGACAACGGUGAAACUAGCCCCUAGUAGACUACACACGAUAGGGUUAGUUACCUGGGUGUACAGUUAAAUGUAUAAAUGCAUUCACAUAAUGAAACACGAUAAUCAAGCGUCACUUUAUUCGAUCAAUUUUAUUUAAAGUAAGAUUUAUAUUUUUUAAUUCUCAUUAAAGUAUAUUAAACGAUUUUACAUUUCUUGAUUUGUGACUUGUCACUUAUGUCCACUGUCAAACAAGCCACAUAUUUUUUUUUGUUAUGGAUCCAUGGAAAAAAUUAUCUGUUUUGACUGGUAACUAUCCUAUUUAAAUACAUAAAUAUUAUCACGCCUGUUUAUAAAAUCAAUUAUUUUAUAAUUUUUGACAUUUAUUUGUAUUACUUUGUGAAUCGAUGUUAUUUUUAAAAGUAAAUGAAUGUAAUCUUUUAACAUAUUAUUUGAUCAUAAACAUUUUUAUCUCGAAUUUUUCCCCCUAGUUAUUUUAUUAUUUAAAAAAAUCUACAAAUUUUAAAACAUAUUUUGCAUUAAAAAUAAACUAACAAUAAUUUGAAUUACAGUAAAUCCAGGAAUCUCCAUUUUCGAAAUUUUGAAUCAUUAAAAAUUGUUAUAUAUUUUUAGUUGUCGUAGUGGAAAUAAUCCUUGUGUGUUUCAUUGUGGGAUUCGCUAAUAUCAUCUUUUAUCUUGAUGGAAAUAGUUCCUUAUUCGUUACAAACUACCCUAAGUAUAUUAAAAAACUAUGCUUCCCAUUAUUACGUGUGAAAGUUAUGCACUUAUAAUUUUUUACAUGCUAUGAAAUUAAAUAUCUUGUACAUAAUAGCCUUAAGGAUUUUAAUUUCAAUAUUUUCUUAUCGGUUAGUGAUAUAAACUGAUUUAUUUUCUUUAAACUUCCUACAUUAUAACGUUGAUUUUCCAAUUAAAUACAUCACCAUAUAAAGGUUAUAAAUUAUGUCUGUGGUCAAUUAUUGGAAUAAUUAAUUUGAUCUUAUUAUCAUGCGAAGAGAUGAAAAUUAAAUGUACAGUCAGUAGCAAAAGCAACUUACACAAAAUCAUGCAAAAUAUCCCUUAUUACCAUAGCAUAGAGGUCCUUGCAGAUUAACUUGACAUGUGGUUGACUGUAUAUUUUUAAAUGGUUGGAAAACGUUAUAUAUUCUCAUAAAUUUAAAGAGUGUUUGCCAGUGUUAAUUAUAGUGUAUGGCGUUGUUGGGAAUAUUCUCAAAAUGAUUCCCAAAAUUAUCAAUAUAUUAUAUAUACGUACCUUGCGAACCGGUGCAAAUAUGCAAAUUCGUUUAUCUAUUGUGUCUCAAUUCUAUGCGAUUGACGGGUCAAACAAUUCGGCAUACUGCUUGCACAAUAAUAAGGUGUAUCGGUGUAUAAUAUAUAUCAUAAAACAGCGGUACAGAGAUUCUCAAAGUGUGCUUCGCGGAGCCCUAGGGCUCCGUAAAGCUUUUGUUGGGGCUACACGAAAAUAUUGGCCAUAUCGAAAAUAAAACACUACUAGGAAAUAGCCUUACAACGCUAAAAGCUAUGAAAUAUGAACUUUAGUGAAAUUAUUAAUAGUGUCAGCUGUUACUGUAUGUACACAUUAAACAAAUCUUCAUUUUAUAAGUUCUAAUUGAAGAUUGAGAACCUCUGAAAUGAAAUAAAUCCGGGUAUUUGAUGUUCAACGCUCAAUUAAUUUUCAUCGUAAAGCAAUAUUAUCAUUAGUUUUUGUGCCAACACAGUAAAAACAUUUUGAAACCACAUAUAAUUAUAUUUUAUUUACUUUAGUCUCGCACUGGUUAACUUUCAAUAACUUAUAAGUAGCUAAAUCAUAUCAUAUGUGUAUAUCUCACCGCAACCUAAUGAUGUGGUAGAAACUAUAAAGGUAUUUAAAUCGGUGCCCAUUAAACAACCUAAUUCAUAUAUACUGCUAGUCAUAUAACUGCUAUACAACCACCUAUACUAAAUGCAGUUAUUUGAAAAUCUGACUUUAAUAAAAUAAAUAAAUAAAUAAAUAAAUAUAUUAAAUAUAUUAGGACGAAUUACACAGAUUGAGCUAGCCCCAAAGUAAGUUCGAGACUUGUGUUAUGGGAUACUAACUCAACGAUACUAUAUUUUAUAACAAAUACAUAUAUAGAUAAACAUCCAAGACCCGGGCCAAUCAGAAAAAGAUCAUUUUCCAUCAUGACCCGGCUGGGGAUCGAACCCGGGACCUCUCGGUUCAGUGGCUAGAACUUUGCCACUGCGCCACCGAGGUCGUCAAAUAAAGGUUAACUUUUAUACAUAAACACUAUAUGUAGUGCUAACACUAUAUGUAAUUAUUAUUAUUAUAUUAAGAAUUAGUAAUUUAAACUUUCUUUUUGCAUGGGUGCCAUUUGAUUCUUUUAUUAAGCUAAUGUCGUUACUAUUGUAUUAUCCAAUGUUAUAAUUACUACGAACGCGGUUUAGAUAAUUUGUUUAUUUCCACAUCACUUUUGAACAAGCAUCAUAGUCACUUUAGGUAUUAGAAAAAGUAUUAUUAGAUAAACUAAUUUAGCGUUAGUUUUAAGUAGAAUUCCUUUUUUUUUUUUUUUCGAUAUAUAAUAUCGGUCGCUGCAUUUAUAACAAUGUAUGUGGUUUCAAAACUGCUUUUCUCUUAUUUUAUUAAAAGUUAUACGAUUUUUGUUAAUUUUUGGAUAUUAGCGAGCGUUAGUCUUAAAUAAGUUGUCAAAUCUAUUCUCAGAUUUUUCUUGGAAAACCUGGAAAGUGAUUUCAUUCCGGCUUAGACGAUUUUUAUGAUUGUUCAAUUAUACUAAGUGUCGAAUGAUUUUUCAGAAAUAGUUCUUAUUCACACUUAAUAAGAACUAAUUUUGAAUUACCGUUGUUGUAUGUUUAUUAGUUGGUGUUUGCGUUGUAACAUUGUACGCCUAUAAAUGUCAUAUUUUAUUGGCAAUUUAGAAUUAUCAAGACCUAGUAUUUUUAAUGAAUAUUGCAUGAGAUUACUGUAAGUUAUUUAUUUCGUGACUAGAUCGAAUGGUGCGGGCGCCGAUAGCAUAUAGAAAAAUCAUGACAUUUUAUGAUUUAAGCUUAAUAAAUGUGAAUAUCAUAUUUUUAUAUCGAUUGUGAUUUUCGUUUUGUAUCUUUAACAUUCAUUCGUGUCAGCUUUAUAGUUAGAAUAGUUUUUACUAUCCAUGUUUUAAUUUGGAGACAUUUAAAAUGUAUAGUGUUUUUUAUUAUACGUUAAGAUCAUCAUAGCUACCUCCUUACCGUAUUUCACACAUUAAAAUACGGUUUAAUUCAUCACAAUGUCACAUUGUAACAUUGUGAUAAAUUAAACAUAAACAAUAAAAAUUAUUCAUCAUUACACAAAUCAUGUGAAGAAAAAUAUUUUGGAUAUUAGAUUUGAUGAUAUGGUCCUAUAUAAUAUUGUUAAAUGAGAUAUAUUUUUAAAUACAAUAUUAGUGGUUUACAGACAAAAAAUAAUAAUCUCUAUUUCUUAAUAAUAACAAUAAAAUUGUUAAUUUCACUGUACUAUUCUGAAUGGUUUAUGAAUUAGUCUGUGACGCUUAAUGCUUACAAAGCCAAAUCAUAUAUUUUUUGUUGUCUAUGAGUAGUGACGUACUAUUAGGAAUCGUAGACAGAGAAAGCUAUAGGCCCGUUAUAUAUUUUAUUUCCCUCAUACCAAGAAAGAUAUGUGUGUAUUAGAAUGCAUACAUGAGGAGAAACAAGACAGUUUUGUCCCUCAUCACGUGCCUGGCCCAAUCCGCCACUUUGUAUGAGAUUAGCCAGAUUGGUCCUGCAAGUUGUAUGAAAAUCGUCUAUGUCUUUUGUUUACUCUCUGCCUUGGUCUGUUUGGAAUAUUGUCAUUCCUGUUAUAGUGGAAAUCAUUCUUGAAUUGUCGAUUCCCAGAAUUCCCCAUUCAUAUGUAGGUACAUCACUACUCAUUUUUUUUAUCAUGAAAUAUUUGGACGUUGGUAAUAAGGCUUCUUUGUGAUAACUUGUAAAUAGUUUUAGUUUAUUGUUCCUAGCUUGAUUUAGACAAUUUUCAGUUUUAGGAAAUGGUAUAUUUUGCUGUAGUUACGAUGUGGUAUGACACGAUGCCAUUAUGUUAUAGAAUUUAGUAUGAAAUAUAAAUAAAUAUGAGACAUAAA